AGUCCGUGCUUUGGGUGCGCCAUAUUGGCUGGCUUACAUGGGGAGUGGAGUUGGACAAGCCGCUUAAAAAUCCGAAGCAGUUUCCAGACAUGGAGCACGUUAAGGGUAACAAAAAACUACGCUAGCUACGAUUGUUUCGUUACCUUGAAUACAACGUGCCAAAUUUACUUGCCAUUGUGUUGUAAGUGGUUGUCUUGUGAAGUCCAAUGGAUCCCAGGACCUCUUGGUUACAGCAGGAGCAUAAGCGUCCUGCCAAUCCCCUGUGGAUGCACAUUUGGGAAAACUCUCAGGGAUACGGGGCGAACUCCGGUAACGACAACCACCUUCAUCAUCAAUGCAACAUCGUGACUCAAAACGCUUACAACUCCCCGGACUUCAAUGGCGAGUAUUGCAAAAAUGAAACCGCGACUUCGGAAGUAGUAUUUGGAAAACUGUCGAAACGAGACAGUAGCGCGGAGCGGGGAAGUGUCCGGAGGAAAGGCUCGUUGUCGCCGUCCUCCUCCUCCCUGGACUCAGAGGCCGAGAGCUCCUCGCCCUCCGGCUCCUCUUUGCAAAUAGACAAUUUGAACGCUACAGAUGAUGCCAGUCAUUUUUUACACUACGACGAACAUGAGCUGAACGAGAACAAUCUCAGACGCCCCCCUCCGCUUUUCCAUACCGUUCAGCAACACUGUCGCAGCAUGCAACAAUCUGCCGGCCACACCCCCACCGGGAUGAAAAAUCAACAUGGAAGCAAGCAUCAUCACCAGUCCCAUUCAAACGGCCGCAGGAAGCACUUGAACAGAGCAAACACUUUUCACGGCAUCCAUCCGCUCCUGACAUAUGGCUGCAAUGGACACCACGGUGAUUCCUCCAGUAGCCUGUGGAAAACACGACGUUACAGCCCAGGCAUCAAUGGCCUCCAUGAAGAAAUAAUGGACUUUUUCAACUUCAUGUCACCACGGCCUGAGGAGGAGGCCAUGAGGAGGGAUGUUGUCAACAGAAUAGAGAGUGUCAUCAAAGAUUUGUGGCCUUCAUCCAAAGUGGAGAUAUUUGGCAGCUUUAGCACCGGACUUUAUCUUCCAACAAGUGACAUUGACCUCGUAGUCUUUGGAAAGUGGGACCACCCCCCACUGCAGGAACUGGAACAAGCCCUGAAACAACACAAUGUCGCUGGCCCUUACUCCAUCAAGGUUCUUGACAAGGCUUCUGUUCCAAUCAUCAAGCUUACUGACCAUGAAACUGAGGUGAAAGUCGAUAUAAGCUUCAAUGUUGAGACUGCUGUAAAAGCGGCUCAGUUCAUAAAGAGCUAUCUUAAAAAAUACCCAGUUCUUCCACCUCUCAUCUUUGUCCUGAAGCAGUUUCUAUUGCAAAGGGAUCUAAAUGAAGUAUUCACAGGAGGCAUCAGCUCUUACAGCCUGAUACUAAUGGCCAUCAGUUUUCUACAGCUUCACCCUCGAAUUGACACACGGCGUUCUAAUAUCAAUCUGGGAAUCCUGCUUAUUGAGUUCUUCCAGCUGUAUGGUCAUGAUUUCAACUACAUGAAGACUGGUAUAAGAGUGAAGAAUGGAGGAGCCUAUUUGUGCAAGGAAGAAAUGCUUAAAACUAUGGGCAGUGGGAAUCGGCCCUCAAUGCUCUGCAUUGAAGAUCCCGUUCAACCAGGAAAUGAUGUCGGGAGAAGUUCAUAUGGUGUCCUUCAGGUCAAGCAAGUGUUUGACUUUGCCUACAUGGUGUUGACUCAUGGAGUUUCUCCAUUAGCACGUGCUUAUCCAAACAGAGAAUAUGAAGGUACCCUGGGACGCAUCAUCAAGGUCAGCCCUGAAGUACUGGCCUAUAGAGAGUGGACAAUCAAGAAGUGGGGAGCAAAGCAGUAUGUUAAACAAGAGAGCCAUGUUGACAUAGAAACUUGUGAGCAGGACCUUGCAAGGCUCAUGUUGGUUUCUAUGGAUGACCAAAGGGACACUUCUUCUCCACUGAGUGCUAACUCCUCAUCACCCUCUCCAGUCUUCCUCCCGAGCCCCCAUCAUUCUUCCUCAUCCUCUGCAUGUUCUCUGUCCUCUUCAGGAAGUGAUGCUGAGUCUGAUUCGCCUCCAAGCACUACUCCUGCGAUCCACCCGCUUCACCCACUCACACUGGCCUCUGUCCACUCAGUUAUCCAGAUGGCCACGGACCUAAGAACUACACUUCCACCUGGCUUUAUUCCUAGUGCACCUCAGGUUCAGAUGCCCCUUCCUGAAGGCUUGAACAUCCCCUCAAUAUCAGAGUGCCAAUUCUACCAUGAUCCUCCUAUUAGUGUGGUGCACCGCCACGCGUCACAAGCUGCACAGAUGUCCCCACACACGCUGUCACCUCUGCCCAGCCCCAUUCACCAGCUCCAGCACCAUCAUCUGGGAGGGCACCACUACCCCAUUAGAUCCAAUUCAGUUGGGUCUAUUGAGCCACAUGCUUUCAGCUUUAAGCACAACCAAGUCAGCAGUCUCCAAGGCCAACAUCCACCUCCAGGUAAUUUCAGUCCAAUCCGUUUUGGUCCACAAACUCACAACUCUGCACCAGUUUUUCGAAACCAGCAGCAACAGUGCAACAAGAACACCUGGCGCCGCAGAAAGAGGGAAAACCUUCAAACACUGAACCAGAGUAGAUGAGCCUAAGCUACAUGAUUCAUCCAACAUGUUUUUAAAAUCUCAACCAAGCCUGCCGUGACACUCAUUGAUGAGUAGUUGUCAUUAGUACAUUAUUUGAGACAGGCUUUGAAACAUCCACAGUGAGUUGCCCAGAAGAUUGAAAUCAAUUCAGGUUGGAUCCAUCUAAACGAACUGAAUUAUUUUUGCCUUAUCCUUUGCAAAGGACCCACUGAAAUGGGCACACACAUGUGAAUGGGGACAAAAUGACAGGAUAUGGCAACCUAAGGGAAGUUCUUCAAAUGAGAUGCACACCAGCACUGUCUUAAGUUUAUUUAUGGUUUUUAUGGCCUAGAUCAACUCUAUGAUCAUUGCCAUGUAGUGUCUCUGGGGAGUUUUAUCAAGAGCUAUUUGACUUGAAAAGUCUGUAGCAUCGUCAUGUGCCAUAAAAUGAACAGGUUCUCAGCCUCAUCUUGUCUCAUUGAUGUUUGUACAUCUAACUGGGUCUACAGCAGUUAGGCUCUGAAUGGAAAACUUCUGUGUUCUUGUUCCAGCUAUGACCAUCUGCAAAUGGUCUCCUGGGGCGGAAGUAAAGCACUAACUUAAAUACCUAUGCAGCAAAAUGCUGACUUUGGUGUGAUGGCACAAAAUGGACCUUGUCUCAAGUGCUUAAACUGUGAUUACCUGUUUUGAAUGUACCAAGUGUUAUUUUUGUAUGUGGUUGUUCAUGUUUUUGUCACAAAGGGAAAUUUUCUGUUCACAUUGGCACUAUUUUGUUUUGUACAAAGUUAUUUGCAUUCAGGUGCAAUAACAACUUUUUAUGUUUUUAUUUAAUUUAUUUCACUUUUUACUUUCUGGGGAUUUCCCCACUUUUUGUUUUAUUUCUAGACAUCCAACAGUGCAAUAGAUGGAUUUAAGGGCCUUGAAGGAAUGACUGUAUAUUCAGCUUUUGGACUGAGGGUGGAGCUAUUACAGCAUGUGUAAUGUGCCAAAUACCCUCUGGUCCCAUCCUCCUGUUUAUUUACCACAGUGUUGUCAUCACUUGAAUUUUUUUUUUUUUUCUUUUUUGCCUGUCCAAUAUUUUUGCAACACCUGUUAACACCAAUACUAAUAUUGGCGUUUGGAUUGAUGCCCUCAUUGAGGGUGCACUCUUUGAGCUGUGUUUACAUGCCAUGACAUAACAGUUGGUGCUACCUAUUACCAGCAAAGUGCUUUUUUGCCUUUUUGUACUUAAUUCUGUUAAAGCAACAGCUUGACUGCCUCCUUUUUAAAUGACCAAACUAUGCCCUUGUCCAGAUUUUUUCCUCACUGCCAAUUUUACCCCUUGCCCCUUGCUAGCAUUUUUUUUUUUUUUUUUUUUUUUUUUUCACACAUCUUCCAGGUGUAAAACUCAAGAGGUUGGCCUAAUUGCUUUAGCAUCAUGUCACCUUGAAUUUCACUUAAAGCAGACACUUUCAAAGGUCAAUAUAAUUUUGGGGGCUCCCCUGUAUUUAAAGUAUUUAAGACAAGGUUCCAAAGCUGCACAGUUUGCACAGCAAUCCAUACAGAACUUGAGCUUGGGACAAUACAAAGUUAUUCUGGCAAAGAUGUAAAAUAUCAGUCUUUAACGUAAGGUUGACUAAUGGCUUGCAUUUCAAUGUCUGUGGUCAUGACUUGAUACAUUAGCAUUAUCCUUUUUUCUGUGCAGCUUUUUAUCUCCUCAUAGAGGAUAAUUGCUUUUUUUUUUUUUUUUUGCCAAGAACCAAAUCCCUUGCUCAUAUUUGUGUCAAUAAGAAUGGGUUGUAAUGUGUAAAUACUUGAUAUAGAUGUGUACCUUGUUUUUUAUGUAAAAUUUUCUAUUUUUUUAAUAAACAUUUUAAAAGUCUAA